GACAGCCAGAGUUGUCCAAAGUACCACCGGCGAAAGAAAGCACUCACCAUCGACCAGAGAAAGAUCUGGCCCAGCCAUCAGUUAAACUUGAACUUCGAAGGCGUUCGGGUGUGCCGAGCCUCGGAAAUAAAAGCACGCGUUUCGAAAGGGAAAAGUCCGCACGGACAGCUCUUUUGCGCCACAGCCGCGAAUGCAUUUUUUAUGUUGAAGGUGUGACCAAAAAGUGACCAAUGAAAUAAGAAACGAAAACAUAGGAAUGAAAGAUUAUUAUAAUAAAAAUGCUAAUGUUAACAUAUUAACCGUGCGACAACAAUUGUCUGGUUUGAGAGUGCAAAUAAUAAUUUUGAGAAGAAAUAAACUUAUAGAAAGAUAACGAAAAAAUAGUUGAUUCAUGAAAUUAUACGUUGUGUGAAUUCAAAACAAAAGUUACAUCAGUUGGCUCCGAUCAAAAGGCGGUGACGCCGGUGUUCUUAUUUAUAACAGUAGAUGAAUAAACAAUGGGAAUAAUGAGGCCCCGAGUUGACUUGUGGUUCGUUAUCCGAAUAUGGCUGCUACUAAUUAGUAUCAAGAACAGUCAGUGUGAGAAUGCUGAACCAAGAGCAUUAGAUUUGUCAGUUCCAUGGAGACCCAUCCCCUAUCAUGUACCUCAGCAGCAGCUGAUUAGCGUAGCCAGUUUCGAUACCACAAGCAAGGAUGAAUUGGUCCACAUCGCGCAGCACAAUGCCCACAUCCUGAAGCAUUUCAACCAGCCCGUUACGCAGUACCAUAACCAGAACAAUUUCCAACAUCAACAGCAGCAGCAGCAACAACAGAUGCAGCAUCAACCAUAUAAAAUUCCUCCGAUGCCUUUCGGAGGUCAUACACCGGGGCCAAAGUAUAUGACCACCCCGCUUCUGCUGAGCAACGUUAGCCCCGCGGUGCAACCGUCGGCACGACAUGCCAAACCCUUCGUCAAGGCGGAUCAGGUCACGACGUUGAGCAUUGUGCACUCGUCCACACCGAAAAGCGUCACGCAAAUCUCCCAUCUGGUCCCGGCCGGAAUGAAGGCGGCCAAAUUCAAUGCUCAGUUUAGAGAGCCUGUCCUCAGUGCACCGCCCGUGACUCAUCCCAAAUCCACAUUGAAGCCUCAUUCUGUGAUGAAUAACCUUCCGCCACAUAUGGGAAUAUCCUAUCGUCAGAAGCAGCCAGUUGCCGCACAUUCGAACCGCCUAGAGCACUUCGUUACUCCGAAUCAUCUGUACGGCACUUUUAUUCAAUUUGGACAGGCCUCCAAUCCCUUGCAGACAGCGAAGACUAAAUUCAUCAGCCAACUCGCCAGCCAUCCUAGCUUUGAUGCCCAGCUCAAAGGUUUACUGCAUGCAGGCGUUGGUAGCGGUUACCAACAAACGUUAGCCCACAUUAAACACCUUCAGAAAAUGAACUACCUUCAACAGCAGAACAAACUGCAGUCUUACUACAAUCAAAUUCCGGCCGAUGUUGAUGUCCCGAAGAAGAUUGUCUCAUCGGCAGAGAAAGACAACGUAAAAAUUCCAGUAACCACUUCAGCUCCAAUGUUUCCACAUAUUCCACCAAGUGUUUUAACGCCAUUUUUCCAGCAAGUUCAGCAACAACAACACCAAAAUAAGUACAGCUUCAGCCUAAAAACUCAGCACCCAACUCCGCCUUCGGCAUCAGCGGGCCAAUCGAGUCAUAUGUUCAAAGAAAAACCUCACAAACCACAAUUCCACUAUGAAUCCCAGCAGAUUCAUGGUACUCCACUCCAUUCGUUCAAAGAACACCAUGGUGGUGAUUCUUUUGGUUUCACUUCAUAUCAAAAUCACCAGCAGCUCCCGAUUGAUCACAAACCUCACGAAAUUGUCAAAUUUAAAGAUGUUAAACAGCACAACGUGUUCAACGAAAUCCACGAUGAGUACAGCAAAAAUCUAGUUCCACCACCUCCCAGCACUCAGCAGGCUUUCCUUCCAACAGUGAUAAACCCUCCUGAGACAAGCAAAAAUCCGAUCGAAAUUCUGAACAAAUACAACAUUAAUCCACAUUCCCCACUCCAAGAUGCGAAUCGAUUCAGUUACGAUCCCUUUGUGAAACCUAGUUCCUUCUCGCAUCCGUCCUCCUCCACAUCAAGUACUACUUCUACCAGCACCACAACUACUUCAACAACAACCCAACCUCCAAGCACCACUACUCCACGGUAUCCAUAUUAUUCACACUCUUUCAAUUUCGGUAACGACCACACCAAUUACAACAAUGCGGUUCUCGAUAUCCCCGCCAGCAACGAUUGGAUUGGUCGUGACAAAUUCAUCACUACCGCUAAACCCAACAUAUUCAAGCAGCUAUUCCGUCCAACGGAAAGCGAAUAUAAGCAGCACAAAUUGAUGCAUCCGGGCUACACCGGAUUACCUCCGAACAAGAGGCCUCCGUCAACGACUCCGGUAGCCACAGCGGAUUCCUCCUCUACGGAAGAACCCCUAAUCACGCACAGUUUCUUCACCAUUGAGGACGCCCUCACUGAUCGCAAUAAAUAUAAGUACACUACUGAAGCGGAGGAAAACAGAUUGGACGAACCGGAAAUUGUCACGAUCGGACCAUAUGUGGACUCACAGGAACUGAUAACAACCGCAGUGUAUCCGAUGUUUAGAACGAAAGGCAAGAGGCGUCGCCCUAGACCUCAUUAUACGACGGAACUUGCGAACGAUUCGGAUUCUACCGAGAACCCCAUCGAGCGUCCGAUCAGGACUCGUUUCCGGUACCGUCCGAGACCUACCACCGAAGCUGAGUCUGAAAUUCGAACUACCCUGGCACCACCGACGACAACUGGUUUUAUCCUCGAGGAUACCUCCCUGAGAAAGCUGCGGAAAAAGAUUCCAACCAAUUUUAAUCGGAACCGAUUCGUAGCGAACGAACCAGAUCUGGAACAAUCGAAUACGGAUCAGCAAGAAGGUCCCACACAGGUCCCACCGACCACAACGACGACAACUGCUCCCGCUCCCAUCGAUACAUUCAUCAAUCCUACCCCGAAUGAUAAUAUUCAAUCGUUCAAUGGAGGGAACGGUUUGCGAUCGCGUUACCGUCCAGCGGUCGGCGAUCGCUACAAUGUUAUUGAGCAAAAACCUGUCAGGACAAAAAUACCCCUCCCAGAAAACUCGGAAGAAUCAUUUAAAUCCGCCGAAAUCAUCCGCGAAAAUGAGAGCUCAAGGUUUAACUUGAAGCUUCCCAAUUACAAGCCCGGCCUACGAUUACCGACGUCCGGAUUUGUCUCCAGCACAACAACAACUACAACAGCCAGUAUAACGUCCGACGAAAUAACCGCAGAAAACAAUAACCGCAACCGAUCGGAGCCUCACCGGCCCCGUUUUAGCAUUAAAGAGUAUCGUAACAAAAUGAAUCGAACGGCGCCAUCAACUACUUCCACGACCACCUCCACCACCACUUCUUCGACAUCCGAAGUAGAAGUAACAACCCAAUCCGCAACCAAAGUGCGACUUCCAACCAGGAAUCGCCUGUUGGCCAACAGUCGGUUGAACAAAACAAAUGCUGAGCCGAAUGACGUUCUUGUGAUCAGUACCAGCACAACGGAGCUACCACCAUCGGCUACAAAUGAAACCACGGUCACGAGAACUUCGUUCCGACCAUCGUUCACCAGAAAUUAUAACAGCAGGUUCACUGUGAAGAAAGCCACCACGGAUGCACCCCAACAGCAGCCAUCGUCUUCUAACCCAUCCCGAGGUGUUAACCGGGGUCGAAUCAGACUACAGGACACCACGACGCAAUCGACACCGAAUCGCACCGUCGUCCCGUCGACUCUUCAUACCAGCACUCUCGCCAGCCGACGUCCACCGAAGAUUAGUCUCCGACAGCGUAUCCAGAACCGCAAGAAAGACCCUGAGAACACCCCCAAGGACUCCGACCAAGAGGGCACCAGUCUAAACGAACCAAAACCGAUUGAUGACAUGGUCAGCUUGGGCACUAUCGAUACCGCAAGUCCCAGCAGUCCAACACCUCCACCAUCCACAGCGUCAUCGACCACCACAGAGGGAUAUCGCCGGCACGAGACUUCGAUCAUGAAAAUCUCCCCCAAAGACUCCUCCCAGUUAGGCUCAUUCGGUGACGGGGACUGGGAUUUGAACAGUGCUUCGUCGGACUACUCCAAGCGCGUCGUAGAGCUAACCCUGUCCGCCAGCAAAGACAAGGGUUUCAAAUCGAUAAACAAGGGCUUGCUAUCGAGGCGAGUGCCGGGUUACUUCACGCUGGCCACCGAAGAUCCGAUACUACCGAUCGAGGCGUUUUUCCCCCAGGUAAAGAAAGUGAGUGCGUGAGCUGCGAGUCUGUGUUUCAAGUGCGAUUGAUUGUGUGAAUGCUGGAUGUUGCGUGAGUGCAUAAGUAGGUGUAAUUUAAAAGGUUUUAAGAUCGACGCAACAGUGGCAGAAUGUGUACGGUGUUAACAUAGUUUCUACCUGUAAGUCUUCUCUAGGUUCCUGCGAAGAAAGCGGAAUUCAGAUAUGUAAAAUCCAUUCUGUUUGUGAACUUUGGAGAAUUUAUAUCGGAUUGUUGAAGAAAUUCUCUGAAAGGCGCAAUCAGAAUUUAUGCAUGUGUAUAUCUGAGCAAUCAUCGUUUUAUUUCACAAAUCAUUGAAGUGUUGUGAUCUUCAGAAGAAAGAACUAAACUUCUGCUGAGUUCUACUAAUGUAUACAAUUGUUGUUCUGUGUUUCCACAGACGAAUGUUAUUUAUUUUAGCACUAAGAGAAAAAAAACAAGUGUACCUUAAAAUAUAAUCGGAGAUCAAUUAAAGUGUUAUUCCCAAAGGUAGUUUUCUACUGCCUGGGAAAUUGUAGAUUUGAAUCGUAUAAAUACAAUUCAUUAUAGUAGUCAAGUCUGGGAGAAAUUAUUUAGGCUAAGAAUAUUUGAAAUAAACAAUUAUGUGUAAAUAGUUAUAA